AAUUUGUACUUUUAUUCAUAUUUUACAAAAUAUUAUCAUUUCAGUCAUCAUUCAGUGAUUAAAACUAUAAUUAAUUAAUAAAAUUAUCCAAAUUUUACAUAUAUUUUGUCAUUUAUUCAAUCAAUGGCUUAUCUCUUUCAGUGGUAGUGAUGGGUAACACAAAUACAUCGACGACCUCGAAGAGAGACCGAACCUAUUCGGUGGACAGCGCUUACGACCGACGGGAGUCCAGUAGUCCCGGUUCUCAGGACAACCGCACGUUUGAGUUUGUGGCCGGCGGUCGCAAAAAGCCAGUCUUAUGCUAUCAAUCGUCGUCAGAAUACGGACCCGAAGAGACCAUCGAUGAGUUCAAUAAGGGUCGGGUGAGAGCGUCGACCAUUAGUGAAGGCGCCGCUAUCAAUGAAAAUGCUUUACCAACUGUUUUCAAAUGGGAAGGCGGUGGCAAAGAGGUGUUCAUUACGGGAACAUUCAGUGAUUGGAAACCUAUAAAGAUGUGUCACUCACACGGAGACUUCGUGGCCAUCAUUGAUGUACCAGAAGGAACACAUAAUUAUAAGUUUGUCGUCGAUGGUCAAGAAGUGGUGGAUGAAAAAAUAUCCGUAGAUGAAGACAAACAAAAUAAUGUAAUUAACAUUAAAAAGGGUGACUUUGAAGUAUUUGAAGCACUGGCUAUGGAUUUGGCAUCAAAUAACAAUAACGCAAAUAAUAAUUACAAUAAUAACAAUAAUAAUAAUUCAUCUUCUGGUUCACCUCCCGGUUCAUAUUCCCAAGAGUUGCCAUCGAGAGCUACAGAAUUUGGUAACAAUGUCCAGAUGUCAGGAGCCGGACCACCAAUACUACCGCCGCACUUAUUGCAAGUGAUUCUCAACAAUCCUAACGUUAACUUCUGUGAACCAACACUUCUUCCCCAACCAAAUCAUGUUAUGCUAAAUCAUUUAUACGCCCUCUCUAUUAAGGACGGUGUGAUGGUAUUGAGUGCAACACAUCGCUAUCGCAAGAAAUAUGUCACAACUUUACUCUAUAAACCCAUCUAAUUAUUAUUAUUUACUUUAAUAAUCAAUUCAUAAUUUUUCAUUAAUUAUGUAAUCGUGUCAUCUCUUGUUAUUAUUAUUAUUAACCACCAAAUUAAACCCAAAAUUAGUCUAACCUUUGGUCUGAUAGUUAGUAUCGUUAUUGUCUACGAUAUUAAUGUCACCCCUUUUCUGUAACAUUUCAAACGCCUGUUGUGUCUGUGCAACGUUGAACCGAUUUCGGGCUAAAUUGUGGCGACAAUAAAACCAAUACAUGAGUACAAAACCGGUGAAAGUAAAGACCGCUGUAUUUGUGGCUUUAGACACACGACCUAUAAAAGCGAUACAAUAUAUAAAACAUUAAUCAAUUGUCAUUAAGUCUCAUAUUAAUAAUUUUUGCCAAUAAGUACCAUAAAGUCUCUCUUUUAAGUUAUAGUAAUAUUAACUAAGUUAAGAGAUUUUGUAUAAAUCGA